GACUCCCUCGAUGGGGAGUCGGCUUUCCUCGACCACUCGGAGGACGAGUUGGAAGGUGAUUUGCGCACGCGGAACUUGGUCGCGAAGCUGCGAGAGAAGUGUGCGAAGGGUCGGCAGCACCUUCAGGAGAUGCAUGCGGAGCAGGAAGCCAUUUCGGACGAAAUGAAGCGGCUGCGCACGACCUCAACAUAUUUGAAGGAGCGACUGCAGACCUUCAAGGAUCGCCUUGCACGGGCAACCGCCGGAGACAAGACAGCCCACGAGGACAUGGCAAGUGACCGGGACGUUUGUGCCUGGUGGGAGAAGAAAGCGCGCCAGACCAGCAGAAAAGUGCAGGAGCUGGUGGACGCGCGGAAAAAGCAGAGGCAGCAGAUGUCCGCGGAGAUCGAUGGCCUCGAGAAGGAGGCACGACAGUUGGCGCGCCGCACCGUGGGCUUGGAGGAGUACUGGGAUCAGUUCCUUGAUGCCGAGCGCGCCAGCGAGGUGAUUGACCUCCUUGCAGCGGAGCAGCGCGCGCGGCAGCUGGAACACGAAGUCCGCCAGCUUGUCCGGGCGCCCCUGGAUGCAGCAGGGCUGGAUGCCGAGAGGCGUCUUGUGGACCUACCGCGAGUCUUCCUCCCGCAGGAGGACGGCGCCAGGGCGACCCUGGCUCCUGUCGCCGAGCUGGUUGUAGCAGCCGAGGUGCACCGUCGCUUUGUCUCUGCUAGCGCAGAGCAGAACGCCGAACUGAACGAGAUGGUCGACCUUUGCAACAGUAAGAUUGCAGAGAAGGACGACAACAUCGCGUCGCUGAUCGAGGAGGGCACGAUUAGUCCAAAUACGCGCGAGAACAUUGGCGAGAUUGCCGCCAAGAUUUCCCAGAGUCAGCAGGUGGCCAAAAGAGCACGAAUCGCCGGUCAGAGCCUAGCAGGUUCUAGCGGGAGCCUCAGGAACAAGGCUCUAGAGGCCUUCAAGAAGCACCUGGUGGAGAAGCGAGCGCUGAUCGAAGAGGCAAACGCCCAGGACAGGGCAGAGGCCGAAGUUGCUGUCAAAGCAGGCAAGCUGUCCAGUUCGCUGUUCAAGCGCUUGGACGUUAGUGGCGCCAAGUUUGACACCCUCUUGAAGGGCAUUGAUGAGAUCUUGAGCCUGCCGGACCCCCUUGGCCAGGUGACCUAUGCAAACAAAGUUGCUGAAGGUCUGGACUUAUACCGGCUGACAUGUCCGAUCGGAGUUCUCCUCAUCAUUUUUGAGGCUCGACCUGAUGCCGCUGUUCAGAUUGCAGCCCUAGCUAUGAAGUCUGGCAAUGCCUUGCUCCUCAAAGGUGGCAAGGAGGCACAACGAUCCAACGCAGCUCUUGUGACGGCAAUGUCUGCAGCUUUGCAAGAUGUCGGCCUUCCUUCGGAUUGCGUUCAAGGGGUUGACACCCGCACAGAAGUUGCGGAGCUCUUAAGGCAGGACAAGUACAUCGACUUAGUCAUUCCAAGAGGUUCCAACGAGCUGGUCAAGUCUAUCAAGGAUGCCUCCCGCAUUCCUGUUCUGGGCCAUGCAGACGGAAUCUGUGCCGUUUAUGUCGACAGCAAGGCAGAUUUGGAGAAAGCCGUGAAAAUCGUCGUCGACUCCAAGACGCACUACUGCGCAGCGUGCAACUCCAUGGAGACACUUCUGGUGCAUGAAGAUGUGGCGCCAUCUUUCUUGCCAAAGCUCGCAGCAGCAUUGGAAGGAAAGGAUGAUGUGCAUUACAAGGCAGAUGCGACAUGUCUACCUCAUCUGCCAGCAGCCCUUUCCGAGCCGGUGACAGAAGAUGAUUUUGACACCGAGUUCCUGUGCCACACUAUGGCUGUCAAGGCAGUUGCUUCUGUGCAAGAAGCAAUUGACCACAUCAACAGCCACAGCUCUGGGCACACGGAGAGCAUCGUCACGGAAGACCCCGUGAUUGCCGAAGCCUUCCUCAGCCGGAUAGAUUCGGCGGGUGUCUACCACAACUGCUCGACGCGAUUUGCCGAUGGCUUCCGCUAUGGCUUUGGAGCAGAGGUGGGCAUAUCCACAAAUCGGAUCCAUGCGCGAGGCUUGGUGAUCCAUAAGUACCGAAUGUAUGGAGCUGGCCACACUGCCGCAGGAUUCUCAGGCACAACUCCCGAGCAUGCGUUCGUGCAUGCCCCUGUGCCUGGGGUAUCACGCGUCGACGACAUCCCACAGGCAAAGAAAGCCAGAGCAUGA